CAACUGACAAAGACCUGGUUUAAACCACUUUUUUACCAGUAUAACUGAUGGUUAAGGAGGGAAUGGGGGAUAUUAUAACCAAUAUAGUUAUACUGCUACAGCCCCUCAGUGUGGAUCCAUUUAUACUGGUAUAAUCAUAUCCACGUUCAGGGGAUUGUGCAACUUUACUGCUUAGCUAUACCAGUAUAGUUAGUUGUUUUGUUGUUGACCCCCCAAUGAAGUAUGCUGUACAGUGACAAAAGAGAGGAAUGGAGUGAAAAGGGGAAUUGAGGCUCGUUUGAUGCCAGGAAAGAUGCAAAAAGCAGAAUGCUUUGGAUUUGGAUGAAGGAUAACUUUUGCACUAGGAGUGAUGCCUAAUCAGAAAUGUGGCGGGGAGAAUGAUGGUGAGGACUUCGACCAGGACUGGAAACCCCCAGAUAAUGAGCUGAUCCAGAAGCUUAUAACACAGGUUGAAUAUUAUUUCUCAGAUGAGAAUCUUGAGAAAGAUGCCUUCCUCUUAAAGCAUGUGAGAAGAAAUAAGAUGGGCUAUGUCAGUGUUAAGCUACUCACUUCUUUCAAAAAGGUAAAACAUCUUACCAGAGACUGGAGAAUCACAGCCUAUGCCUUGAAGUAUUCAGACAUUCUUGAGCUGAAUGAAGAUAGCAGAAAGGUUAGAAGAAAUACCCCAGUUCCAGUGUUUGCCAGUGAGACCCUGCCUAGCAAGAUGCUGCUUGUGUAUGAUAUCCACUUAAUUUCUGAGCUACAGGUUCUGAGCCAGGAUCAAGAAAAUGGAUGCAUGCAAGAAAAGAUGAUGGAGCAUCUUCUCAAGACCUUUGUUACUUUUGGUGUAAUCUCAUCAGUUCGCAUUCUCAAACCUGGUAAGGAUCUUCCACCUGAUGUCAAGAGAUUCAGUAAUCGAUACACCCAAGUUGGAACAAAGGAAUGUGCAAUAAUAGAGUUUGAAGAAAUAGAUGCAGCAAUUAAAGCUCAUGAAAUCAUGUGUAUUGAAAAGAAUAAUGAAAUUGGCAUGAAAGUUACCCUGAUAGGUAUGAAGCCUCCAAAGAAAAAAACUGUGAAAGAAAAGAACCAUGAUGAAGAUCCCAGCAAGUCUCUCAACAAAAUUAAAUCCCUGAAUAAGAGAGUUGAGGAACUUCAGUAUGUUGGGGAUGAAUCAUCAGCAAACAGCUCUUCUGAUCCAGAGAGUAAUCCUACAUCUCCACUGUCUGGUCGCAAGACUAAUACUUCCAGCAAAUUGAGCCCUACCACCUAUCAGAACAAUCACCUGAGCCCUAAUGUUUCACCUAGGUCAAGCCCCUGGAAUAGCCCAUCUUCUCUGCGCAAAGUGUCCAAGAAGUCUCCGCUUGCUGAAGAUGGCAAACUUAACCCUAGCACUAGCCCUGAAAUCUCAAGGAAAUGUGCAGAUUACUCUUCAGAUAGUAGUAUUACUCCUUCUAGUAGCCCCUGGGUUCAGAGGAGAAGACAAGCUCAAACUGUAACGCAAGAACAAAGUCCAGCAAGUAGCCCAAUGCUUGCCCGGAAAAUACAAAAUGCAGAUGGGUUACCUGUAGGAGUAUUGCGGUUACCCAAAGGUCCUGAUGGUACUAAGGGAUUCCAUGGAUGCGAAAGGAAUAAACCUAUGAAGAAUGAAUAAAUCUUGGGUAUUUUUCUUUUAAAACAAGUUUCACAAAUCAAUUUUUUUGUUCAAGCCUGGUAAAAAGACUAGCACUUAAGUGACUAAAUGAAGUCAGUAUUUAAUUUUUAAAGGUUUUGUAUUCAUGUAGAGACUCGCUUGUAUUUGCACUUAAUCUGCAUUAUUUUUAUAUUUUUUUUUGUUUGAGAGCUGAACAUUGAAGUGUUACUUUUUUUAUGCCAGGUAUUUAAAACAAUUUAUGUAACUGCAUAUUUGUGCAAAGCUAUGAUUCUGAACAGCAAUGUGUAAACACUUGAUAAUACUUAGCUGUUGUACCAUAGCAUUUCAAAGCAAUACGUCACCACUCUGUUUACUAAGAGGUUUGAAGGUUUCCUAUUUUAGUAUGUUGAAAGGAACACUAAGCUGUAAUGUCAUGUCAGACACUUCGCUAAACUUGUUUGCUUAAACUUCCAAAGAUGCUAUAUAAUAGGACCAAACUGUGUGUAUUUUCUGUGAUGUGAAUAAAAAAUGCUGAGUAA